AUGGAUCGAAGUCUUGAUGAAAUCACUGGUGAUCGCCAGCAGAGAAAUGGUGGAAAUCGAGGUCGACAAGGCCGCAGAAACAAUCGCAAUGACUUCCCUCGUGAUGGUGUAAGAAAGCCAAAUCGAGGAGAUGAUUCUAGAAACAUAGACUCGGAAUGGGUGCAUGAUAAAUACGACGAUCGAAACGCCCGUUCUUCGAAUCGCCCGGAAAGACGCAACUAUGAAGAUGAGAGACCAUUUGCAAAGAUUUUGGUCGAGAAUGUACACUAUGAUUUAACAGAAGAAGAAUUGGAGGGUCUUUUCGAGCGCAUUGGCCGUGUUGCUUUUUUGAAGCUCGUUUAUGACCGAGCGGGACGUUCGGAGGGGAUCGCGUAUGUAACUUAUGAGGACCCGAGAGAUGCGAAGAGAGCCAUUGAGGAAUUCCACGGCGCAAAUGCCAAUGGUCCAUCAAGGGGUCGUGGAGGUAGAAACCAGUAUGAACCAGGAGCAGGUCGUUCCCUUGCCGAUCGCAUGACUCUUCCUCGUUCUCGUUCUUUAUCUCCUCCAGUCAGACAUUCCGAUGUCAGCAAACCACCACCUGAAAACGUUGAUCGAUAUGUUCCAGGAGAUCGAGGAGACCGGGGAGACCGAGGAGACAGAAGGAGACGCUCACGUAGUCCUUUACCCCGCAGAGGAAGAGAUGGUCGCAGGCCCGGUGCAAGAAGAGAGAGAGGCGAACGUAAUGCUGGCCGUGGAGGUGAGAAACCUGCAAGAGAUGGUAGACCAAAGAAAACACAAGAAGAACUCGAUGCCGAGAUGGAUGAUUAUUUCGGGAAUGGAUCAAAACAGGAGGAAAAUGCCAAUGGCGCUACGAAUGAAGCUCCAGCUGCAACCGAGGAGCAUGUUCAAACUGGGGAUGACAUCGAAAUGAUUGAAUAG